GCGGAGCCUGGACAAGAUGGCGGCGCCCAGGGAGGCCUCACGGGGCCCGGCCGGGAGCCCCGCCGCCCCCGCCGCCCCCGCCGCCCCCUCCGCCCUCGCCCAGCUGCAGGCCCUCCGACACCUCACCGCCCUUCUCACCCAGCAGCGCCACCGCGACACGGCGUCCGAGAGCGUGUUUCAGGAGGUCCUGCAGCGGCUCACGGAGGCCCGACGGGAGGCGGAAGUGGCCAGCGCCGACUGGGCCCGGCGGGAACACCCGGAGCCCUGCUUGCAACUGGCCGCCGAGAGCUUCCGAUGCCUCCGGAACGCCUGCGUGCGCUGCCCCGCUAACCAGGGGGUCAUCAGGAACCUGAACUUGAUCGGCGUGGCCGUGGAUUUCAUCUGCUUGCUUCUCCGGUCCAGAGCCGAAGGAGAAUCGCCGUCGUCAGCUGUUCGCUGUGGCCUCCAGUUUCUAGGCAACAUUGCCACCGGAAACAGCGAUGCCCAGGACGAUAUUUGGAAGCGAGGAUUCCCGGAAAUGUUUGCGCGCUGCCUGAGCCACCCGGACGCCAAGGUCGCCGCCUACUCGUCCAUGGUCCUCUUCACCUGCCUGGACCCCGCGAGGACGGAAGAUCUGCUGCAGGAGAAGCACCUGGCGGUCGCCGUGCCGGUGAUAGAAGCCUGCCGGAACCACCCGGAGGCCGGAUGGCCGACGCUGAUCGUCACGGAGCGCCUGGUGAGGAGGCCAGAAUCCGUCGGAGCCGUGUACGCCAAGCUGAGCGAUCGGGCGAGGGUGACCUUACCGGACGUCCUGUUGGAGAAGCUGGAGGGGGGAGACGCCGCGAGCGACCCGGACACCACGGCCACGCUCCGGAGCCUGGCGGGCCCGCUGGCCGACGCCUUCCGCCGCACCUGCCGAUCCGUGCCGACGUUGGCCUCGGCCCCGAACGCCGACCGCCAGGAGGCCCCGGCGGCCGCGGACCUCCUGGACGCUCUCUGCCGGAUGUCCUCCGACAACCACCUCCUGGGCUCGGUGCAGGCCUGCCCGGGGCUGCUGGAAGCCGCCGUGGCCGUUCUGCGCCUGGCUCACCUGGCCGGGAAGCAGACGGGGAACGUCUCCACGCCCUCUCCCCUCCUGACCGGAGACGCCGAUUCCCCCAGCCCGGCCGCCGGCUUCAAGUCGCGCCUCCUCCGCCUGAUCGGAAACCUGUGCUACGGGAACAGAGACAACCAAGACCAGGUCCGCCGGCUGGACGGGAUCCCGUUAAUCCUGGACCACUGCCGCGUGGAUGACCACGACCCCCUCCUGAGCCAGUGGGCCAUCUUCGCCAUCCGAAAUCUGACGGAGCGCAACGGUCGAAACCAGGAGUUCAUAGCCAGAAUGGAGCGGCGGGGCUUGGCCGACCCGGCCCUGCUCAGGAGCGCGGGGCUGAGCGUGGAGGAACGAGACGGCAGACUGACACUGCGGAGCACCGCACGGGACGGGGACCCCCGAACCGUGAACGGAAACCCCCGAACACAGCUGGAAUGAGACGCCGGUUUGGAGAGGCGCAGCGGCGGCCGCGGGAUGCAUUCAGAGAUCUCCCCCCAAUUCAGAUUCACGGGCGUUUGUUCUCCGGUGAGAUAAAGCCAAACCCAGAUGGAACGAGCGGGACGGGAGGGGCUCGAGAGUCCCUUCUUCCACAGAUUAAAAGUCUCUUACCAA